UAUGAAAAACAAUGAGACCAUUGAGACAGCUUCAUACAUACAUUAGUUCAUAACUACAACCGUAUUUUUCUUUGCCUAUUUAUGCAUACAUAAAUACGCACCUUCUUGAGUUUUGACAUUUUUUCAAGGCCAACAAUGAACCCCUUAACAGUAAGACUGGUCCUCGAGGAGGUUUUCACUCACCUGUCCGUCGACGAUUUAAAAGUCUGUCGAACCGUGAACAAAGCCUGGUGUCAAGAGGCCACGGUCAUCCUACGAAAUUCCAUUUCAAACAUUUCUAUCGGAACUCCGGCAGCCCUCCGUGGAGUCACCACCCUUUCCACGUCCAGCCAUUCCGUCCCCUUCACGAAGUUCAACCUCUCCUCCCAUUUCUUCUCACUGCCAAAUUGUGCAAAAACCCUGUUCGAAUUCCUUUCCGCAUUCUCCCCAGAGUUGCAAUCUCUUUCAAUUACGUUGGACAGGGAGAGUAACCCACUUCCGGAAUCCGAGCUUGAUCAUCUAAAAUUCACCAAGCUGACCAAACUUACUUUAACGGGACAUGGCCUUGACACUCUUGCUCCCUGUUCUAAAAAUGGGACCGAAAUUCCCUCAAUUUUCAAGGCCAUGCUCUCCUCCUCCCCCCGAUUAGAGUCGCUCUCCAUCAUAAUGGACCCUGGAUGCAGAUCUACCGUAAAAAAGAUAAUAAACUGCAUGACUUCGACAUCUUUGAGGAAUGUCAGCUCCCUUGAAAUCUACAUUCCAGUCGGGGAUGAAGAAAUCCUGUCCCUUUCUCGGAUUCCAUUUCACUUGAAGAAACUGAAAUGCGACUUUCACCGUUCCUGUUUCCUCCCAGAAUCGUUUAAAACUUUUCUUUCUGCACAGUCCGCGUCCCUCGAGCAUAUCAAGUUUGACAAUUUUUAUGGCAAUUCGUGUUACACGGUCGCCUUUCCAGAGGAGAUGACGAGAGUUGUAAAAUUGGGGAUUGACGGACGAAGUGAGCUAUCCUCAAAAGAAGUGACUUUCCUUCCGUUCAAUUAUAACAGGCAGUUCCCAGCAUUAAGGGAUUUGGUGCUUGGGGGGAGCAUAGAGUUUAACACAUGUUGGAAGAUAUUGUUUCCUGAGGAUACGACGGUAGCGUCGGUGAAGGGGUUGAAACUAACGGCCCGUUACGUAGAUCCAGUUUGGGUGGGUAGAAUCGGGGUGAUUUUUCCAAAUUUGGAAAAACUUUUCUUUUCGUUGACACCAAGGAAUGAGGAGUUGGCGAGGGUGGUGUUUUCAUCGUUUAAGGGGACGAAGGAGUUGACGGUUUAUUUUCAGGGAGGGGUGGGAAAUGUGGACCGCUUAUUUCUUGGGGAGGAGGAGGAUGACGUGGGACUGGCCAAUUUGAAAUCCCUACACACGCUGCGUUUCAAGGCUGACAAAUUGCCCAGUAGUGGCCAGAAAGCGUGCCAUAUUUCAGACCUCACGGUGACAAAUUGUUUAAUGAAGAUGACGAAUUUAAGAAAUGUCAUUAUGCCACCGUUUCAGAUUUCACAACACGUCCUCACCCAACUUUCUACCAAAGUUAAUCUUCACUUGACCUAGUCGUACUUCUAUUCAUGACCUUGUUUUUGAUAAAUGAUGAAAUAAAUGUGAACUCCACUUCUUAUAAGUA